UAUAUAUAUAUGUCUACAAACGUGUGGCACCAGAAUGGUUUGUUUAUACUAGUGACAGUCGGCGUGUUAUGAAAGUAACACUCACGUUUCCCUUCUCACUCACUCACACUUAUCCUUUCACUCGCUCGUCGGUCCUUCACACACACACACACUUCCCUUAUUUAACAGACUCCCACACUUCUUUAUUCACACGCUCACUUCGCAGUUCACACUCAGUCGUCACGGACAUACAUAUAUAAACUAUGUAAGUCCUUUCGGAAAAAGAGAAAAGAAAAGAUAGAAUUCUCCCAAAACAACGCGAAUCGAGUGCAGACGUUUUAAUUUCUUAAGAUCAAAACACAGCGACGUCUGCAGAUUUUGUUGUGCUUUACAUGUAAACACAUGUAUGUUUUGAAUUGUAUAUGAAUAUAUAUAUACAUAAAUAUAGAUAUAUGGUGGAGUACCAAGGAUGGAAUCGGGAAACUUACCCACGAAUUCUUCAAACGACGGCAAACCUCGCGAUCUUGUUGACGUUUUGAAUCAAACAGCUCGCGGCAGACUACAAACUCGGAGGUCAAAGUUGAAUGAUGAAAUUGACAAAGAACUGCGAUUACGAGCAGGGGCAGAGAAUCUCUUCAGGGCAACAGGAAACAAGAGGCUGAAAGAAUUAGUGGCUGUGGAACUGUCUUUCUUUAACUCAAACAUACAACUACUUAAAGAGGAACUGUGUGAACUAAAUAGUUCUGUUAAUAUAUACCAACAUGCCAACUCUAUAGACUCUGUGCCGAUGGUCCCGCUGGGUCUGAAAGAAACCAGAGAAGUUGACUUUACAGUUCCCAUUCAGGACUUCAUUCUGGAACACUUCAACGAUGAUGGCACGAAGUAUACACCUUACAUCAACCAGCUGAUGGAAUUUAGACAGAAUAUCCGUGUACCACAACGGAGUGAAUCUGGUGUAAUACAACUGUUAACAUACUAUAAUCACCUCAGUUAUCUAGAGAAAAGAUUUUAUGUGGCUGGCAGAAAUCUUGGCAUCUAUUUCCAUUGGUAUGACUCCCUGACUGGCGUGCCUUAUUACCAGCGAGCUAUAAGCUUUGAGAAAGGAAGCAUUUUAUUCAAUGUUGGAGCCUUGUACACACAGAUUGCUUGUAAACAGGAUCGCAAGGAACUCUCCGGAGUGAAUGCUGCCAUUGAAAACUUCCAGAAAGCUGCUGGUGCUUUCCAGUAUCUCGUCACUUACUUCAGUAAUGCACCAAGCAUGGACAUGCAACGAAUUAUGCUGCAUAUGUUGGUGAAACUCAUGAAGGCCCAGUCCCUAGAGUGCAUUUACGAAAAGAUGAACUUGGAUGGUAUAUCACCUGGUUUAUUGAACUACGUGAAGGUUGCGAAGAUGGCAGCAAAGGUUUCUAUAAAUUACACCAACGCCCAUGAUAUGAUAUUGGUGGACACAGUUAAGCAAUAUGUGCCAUUUUCUUGGACUUCAAUGAUGCUGGUGAAAAGUCAGUUUUACAAAGCUUUAGCACAUUACUACAUAGCACUGGCCCUGAUGGAGCAAGAUGAUAGUGACGAUGUUGGCAAACUACAAGAAUUGGUCAAAGUUCUUGACAUCACAUCAUCAUCACCAGACUUCCAAGACAUGGCAACUGUGUUACCAUUCAACUCUGAGAAGAGGAAAAUACAAGGCAAAGCUCAUUAUCGCGAGAGCGUUGUGCUCCUGGAGGAAGCACUGAACACCCAUGACUUAUGUAGGCAGCUGCGCAAGAUUGACUUGUUUCAAGGAGUAUUACGUGAAACCUAUGAAAGAGCGCUGAAGAAAUUUGAAAAUUUAGAGGAAGAAGAUGAUUUCACCGAUCUGAUUAAAGUGCCAGAAAUAAUCCCAGAAUCUCAGUAUAAUGUGGAGGACAUUUAUCCUGAAUUUUCUGAUCAUUCUGUUACAGAUUUGUUCCAAAGUUUGGGGCCACUCGAUAUAUUCAGUGCCAAUAAACUUUGGACAGCACCUCGUGAUAUUCAUUUGAAGAAAGAUUCUCAGUACGGAUUUGGUUUCAGCAUCCGUGGGGAUUGUCCAGUGAAGAUCAACAGUAUUGAACCAGAAUCCCCAGCUGCGGAGAGUGGUUUAAAAGCUGGAGAUUACAUUAUUGCUAUUGGCGAAGAGGAUACAAAGUGGAGCAUGCAUGACGAAGCGGUGAAGCUGGUCCGUGGAGCAGGAGAGAGUCUGACGCUCAAAGUGGUGACGCCAAUGGGUGAGAACAUUCCAGAAGAAUCACCAUACUAUGAGCGAAAGCGCUGCUCAUCCGUCGGGUGUGUGUAUCCAGCAAAAAGCACCGUUGAUGACGACAACACAACUGACACAAUUUUGAAGAAUCAAUCUCAGAGACACAACAGUGUCCACAACGGUGUUAAGAAUAUCAGUAAUCACAUUGAUAAUGAUCACAGCAACAACAACAACAACAACAUCAACACUAGCAAUACAAACGGUGAUCUCACUACUCACACUGCAACCACCAACAACAACUCCAGUAAAGACUUUAACAGACGUUCAAAAACAAGGAACAAAUUCAGUGCAACAUGGCAGUUUAUUCGAAAGAAUUCCAGCAAAGUGUUCAAUAAAUUUGAGAAGAAAAGUAAACAAGACGACCUGGCUUCACGGUGAUUCCUUACUGCCACGUUGCCAAUUUCAAAGACCUUUUCUUCGAUGUUUGAAAACAUUGGCUUAUAAUUUUAAGAAAUAUUGUAAUAUUUACCUACAAACCAUCAUGUUUUAGGGUUUAUCCUGUUUUAUACUAAAUUUCAUAUCAAAACUAUGCUUUGGACAAAUAAAUGAAAUAGACCUGUACAUAUAAGUAUGGAUGUGUGUGUGCGUGUGUAUGUGUGUGUGUGUGUGUGUGUGUGUGUGUGUGUGUGUGUGUACAUGCACACAUAUACAUAAAUAAUUAAUAAUGAUGUCAAAUCAAACAAUGAUAUUUUGAAAGCAUUUAACAUGCAUGUUUCAGAUCUGCAAAAUAUGCAGCAAUACGAAAUACAUCCCAUUAUGAAAACCCUUCUUCAAUUAAUACAGUUCAGAAUAUGCAUAUAUAUACAUAUACACAUAAAUAAGUGUGCAUGUAUAUAUAUAUAUAUGUAUAUAUAUAUAUA